UCAGAGUAUUGGCGAUGCGGAUUUUGAGUUUGACAUGCAGCUCCUCCGCUUGUGAGAGGAAUUUUAGUGUUUUUCAGCAGAUUCACACAAAGAAACGCAACAGGCUGCUUCAUAAUAAAAUGAGAGACCUUGUUUUUAUCAAGUUCAACUCCAAACUCAAACAGAAGAGAAAGAUGAAAAACAGGGACCCGAUUGUGGACCACACAUUUGUAGAUGUUGUAGAAGAUGAAGAUAAUGAGUGGAUCACAGGUAUUGUGCCUCAUGAACCUGGUGAAGUUGUAGAAGUUGCAGCAUCAACAUCACAAGGAGCAGUUGGUGCAUCAAAAAGAAAGAGAGCGUCCCAAUCUCGCCCUCGGAAGAAGAAAAAACUGCUCCCUGUUUUUCGUGAAGAUGAGUUGGAGUCAGCUAGUUCUUCUUCUGAAUCGGAAGAUGAUACCAUGCAUUCACCAUCUGGUUCAUCAAAUGAGAGUGAUUCUGAAUAAUUUCCAAGUUGUCGUUGUAUUGUAUUGUUUACUUGUUGGCUUGUUGCCUUGUUGGCUAGUUCAUCUUUAAACUGAUAUGUUGUACUAUUGUCGUCCUAUGGCAGUUGUUGUUGCCCUUCUAGUUUUUUGGACAAGUAAUUUCGCAUGUGUCGCUAUGGACUGUUGUAUUGUUAUGUUCUCCAUCUAGUUCAUCAUAAAACUACUAUGUUGUAUUGUUAUUGUUGUUCAUCUUAAUUAGUUAUGCAUGUAU